AUGCCGCCACGUAUAAGAGGAAGAGGAAGGGGACAAGGAGCAUAUGCAACCUCGCACGACCAUGAAGCCGGACCUUCGCACAGGCGAACACCUUCAGGCUCCCAUAACGCAGAUGCUCGAAAUCUUUGGAGGUCUAUUGCUGAACCCGCAAGGCACUCAGCUUCACUGAGUACCUCACCUUCUAUCCCACAUUCCUUCGGGCCUCAAUCAGAAAAUGAGCCCCACAACUCUCACCAGUCCUAUAUUCCUCUCCAAGGACACCAAUCACCCUUUGACAACCCAUCACCUGUUUUCCAAGGCCUAUACAACCCUGCUGAAUACCUUGAUGUGCCUAUGGGUUUUAACCCACUUGGACCAGAAGACCAUUUUCCUGGUGGCAAUGCGAUGGAUGUCGAUGAAGAUACCGAUCCCUCAAUGCCACCAUCUGGAACUCCGAACCACCCUAUCGAGAUUUCUGAUGGGUCACCUUUUGUGGGAUCACCAUACAAUGGUCCCGACAGCUUUGAGGAGAGAUUCAAGCACUCUCCCUUGCACUCCCAGCAGCAGCCUCAGCAGCAGCAGAAUCCUUCUGAGGAUUCCCGAUUUGUCGUGGUCACUCCACCGCCGCCACCACCUCCGGUUCUGCCUCCCCCGCCUCCAAGGCGAAGAGGAAGGAACGCACGGAUUUCCGCACGAGGAGGAGUACGCAUCGGCACCCCUCCACAUUCAGGUAGCAGCCGAUACUCGCCACUUCACGAAGAACCAGAAAUGGGAGAAUCUUCACAUCCCAUCUCAGAAGUAACUUCUGCGCCAAUCGCGCCACCACCACCAUAG